AUGCAUGAUGACCCGUUGGUACUGGAGCUGGAAAUAGCGAAUUUUCCCGUCAAGAGAUGUCUAAUUGAUGGGCGCAGUUCUGCAAAUAUUAUAUUCUGGGAGGCUUUCACCCAGUUGAACAUCGACCAUGGAGAGUUAUCCAGGGUAAACUACCCCGUUAUUGGAUUCUCUGGAGCCAGUGUCUACCCCGAGGGCAGUAUCCGUUUGCCAGUUCAAGUGGGUAGAGGAAUGUCAGCUAGGGAUUUGAUGGUCGAUUUUUUGGUGAUUAAGGUACCGGCGGCAUACAAUGUGAUAAUUGGUCGACCGUUUAUCCAUGACGCGCAGGCAGUGGUGUCUACAUAUCAUUUUACUAUGAUAUAUCUCUCGAAUCUGGAAAGAACUGAAAGAGUGCAUGGCAGCCAAGAGACUGCCAGAUCAUGCUAUCUAACAGCUAUAAAAGCACCAGGAAGGAUGGUGCCGGAAACCAAUCUGGCCCGAGAAGUAAACAUGCCAGCUAAGAGACAGAGGGGAUCUCAGUAUAGAAAAUUAUGA